UUGCCUCUGCCUCCUGAGUGCUGGGAUUAAAGGCGUGUGCUGCUGCCUAGUUUGUGGUCCCCAAUUUUCUAAUGCCUCCAAGCAGUUGGCCUACUGUGUACCCUGGGAAAGGGUGCAGAUUGGACAUUAUGCAGUUCUGUCCAAAGAAACUUUUUCUAAAGACUGUUGGCUGUGAGGUUGUGCCCCCUGAGUCACUAACCCCCUACCCAUUCUCCGAGAUAGGGAGUUCAACAGGAGUGAGUGGGACCUAUCCUAAUUUUUGUGCACAUUUGCAUGACAGAACUGCCGAAGUGUAUGAAGCUCUUCUUGUAUGUGUGCCCUGUUUGUGUGUAGAAAUGAGGCUGCUUAUUUGGUAUCUCCUACACCUAUGGAUACCUGGCAGGACCACAGAUGGCAAGCUAUGCACCAGAGAUUCACUUACAUAGGUCUAAUCAACAGGUCUGGGAUCUACAAAAACGAGAUUCUCAAAAAAUUUUUUCCCUUAUGCCUGGAUGGAUUUCAGAAGCAGCAUUUCUAGGUCCUGAAGGGGCCCUGGCCUGCCUGCUCACGGAGGAUCAAGGACUCUGGAUUAGAGCAGGGCCUGGGCUCCAAGGUGCAAGGCCCACACGCUUGUGUACUGUCCACUGGAGCAAGGAACGCUCUGCUUCCGCGCAGGGCUCUUUCCCAAGAAAACAGAGUUGCUGUCCGAGUGUCGAGGGGGUCGGAACUGUACCAAGGUCAUCUAGGUCGCAAGGGUCCGCGAGGCGAUAUGCCAAGAUCAGUCCUGCCUAAUUGUGGUCCACAGGUGCUGAGUCCAGAGCGCAGAGGCGGAAGUGAGGGGCAGCCAUUGAGCUGUGUCUCACUGGGGAGCGUGUUCACCGAUCUUCACCAAUAGAGACUGGCCGGUGCCGGUCGUAGUCCAAUAAGAACUCUAUAGGGGAGGGUGUAAGUGAGUGUUCGCCAAUCAAUUAGGCCGUAUACCUCUACCAUUGGCGGUCAGUUCUGCCCUUGGGUCAGAGCGCGCUUGCCCAAUUGGCGGCUACCAAGGGGGGCGUGGCACGGCGCGGUACUGAGGCAGGUAGCUGAGAGUCUGUCGGGCGAGCGGCCGCCUGUGCAGUCCCGUCGGCGGCUGCGUCCGCAGCAUGGCCGGCCUGGGGCGGCCGGGCCCGGGGCCGCGCACCGCGAUGCCGGCCUGGAAGCGGGAGAUCCUCGAGCGGAGGCGUGCUAAACUGGCCGCCCUGAGCGGAGGUCCCGGACCCGGAGCGGCGCCGGAGGGACAGAACGAGAAGCUGGUUCUGGCCGAGAGUCUGGGUCCGCUAAGCGAGAACCCGUUCAUGAGACUUGAAUCGGAGCGGCGGCGAGGGGCACGGCCGGCGCAGCAGCUGCUGGAGCUGUACCGUCGCGUGCCCGGCGUACGUACCAUCCGAGCCGACAACAUCCUCAUCAUCGAGUCAGCGCCUGGCUUCCCGCCCGCCGUGCCGCCCGCUGCGGGAAUCCGCGCUGCCGAGGUAGUGGUGUACGAGGCGCCUCAGCCGGGCCGUGUCAGCCGCCUGCUGGAGAAGUUCGAUUCCCCAGCCGCGCCCCGCAGCCGCGGAAGCCCAGAGCGCCCCCGCCCUGGGCUCCCGCAGCUUCCCGUGGCGUCUGCAUCUGCUGCCACGCGCUCUCCCACCAAUCGGUCGUUGGCUCCUGGCCCAUCGGUGCUUCUCAGCCAGCCGGCACUCCCUGUUUCGUCUGUCCCGGUUGCUCCGCGCGCGGGACAGCGCUCCGCCUGUUGCGAGCCCGCGCACCCCGAUGGCACCGCAGGCCCCGGGGCCCGGCGCAGCGACUUCCUCCAGAAGACCGGCAGCAACUCUUUCACUGUUCACCCCCGGGGCCUGCCCCGCGGUGCGGUCAAUCGCUCGCUUUCUAAUGGACCCAUGACCCAGAAGUCCCCGGCCGGCCCUGCCAAUGGGUUGUCGGGCUCUCCUCCUGCGCCGGGCAAGUGGAAGCCAAAGGUGGAGUCAGAGGAACCCUCCCUCCACCCACUCCCAAGCCCUGGGACCCCAAGUGCCACUCCAGUUGGGCCCCCUGCCUUCCCGGCGCCCAGUCCAGCCAGUGCCACUCCCAGCCAGCGCCGGUGGGUCUCCUCUGCCACCAGCGCCAAUGACUCCUUCGAAAUAAGGCCAGCCCCCAAGCCAGACGUGGAAACUAUCCCAAUCGGGGACCUUCAGGCCAGGGCCCUGGCCAACCUCCGUGUUAACUCCCGCAACUCCUUCAUGCUGAUCCCCAAGCGCAAGGCCCUUGGGGACCAUCCUUCGGAGGGGAGGCAGUCAGAGGAGCCAAACAGGGAGGUAGGCUGGGCCUCUCAAAGCCAGGGGCUCAGAGCCCAGCUGGUGUCUACAGUGGAUGGUUCACCAGCCCUAGAGAGGAGUCCCUUGGCUGCUGAGGAGCAGUGGGCAGCUAGGGAGGGGGGCUGCCCAAGGCCAGCCACUGCUGUCACAGACAAGUCUGUUAGGUGGCAGAGGCCAUCCUCACCACCUCCAUUUCUACCAGCCACUGUUGAAGCUGAGCCGGCUGAAGGCUUGGGGGUUCCUGGCUUGGCCAAGAAUGGCCAGGAGCCUGGGAGGCCAGGACUUCCAGUCACCUUCAUUGAUGAAGUCGACUCAGAAGAGGAAGCCUCUCAAGAAGCCAAACUGCCCUCCUCAGCAGCUGGUGUGCCUCCCCAGUACCACCUGCACCUUGCCAGGCCUGGGCACACCACCUCGGAACUCCCAAACCGAGGCAGCAACACUUUCAUAGUGGUGCCCAAGAGGAAGCCAGAGACCCUUCAGGAGCCACACUUCCGUCAGGCCAAUGGGCAGUCCCAGCGACAGGAGGCUGAGGAACAGGAUGCUGAUGGCCUCUCAGGACCUCACACUGCCCUGGAGAACACCCUUAAGAAACGCUACCCCACUGUGCAUGAGAUUGAAGUGAUCGGUGGUUACCUGGCCCUGCAAAAAUCCUGCCUCAUCAAGGCUGGCUCUUCAAGAAAAAAGAUGAAAAUAUCCUUCAAUGACAAGAUCCUGCAUACAACGUUUGAGUACCCUUCCGAGAGCUCCCUAGCACAGGAGGAAGCAGAGGAGGAGGAGGAGGAAGAAGGAGAGGAGGAUGGCGAAGAGGAGGAAGUAGGGCUUGACUCAGAGAAGCCCUUUGCCCUCUUCCUGCCUCGGGCCACAUUUGUAAGCAGUGUGGGACCUGAGAUCCCCCGACUACCAGAUGGCAGCUCAGGCCUGUCCAGCUACACUCCCAAGCAUUCUAUGGCCUUCAGCAAGUGGCAGGAGCAGACAGUGGUGCAGGCUCCAAGUGAGGUGGAACUCCCACCCAAGGAGGUCAUGCUAACACCUGCCAGUCAGAAUGAUCUCUCGGACUUCCGCAGCGAGCCAGCCCUCUAUUUCUGAACCCUGGGGCUGCCAGGAUGGCCAAGACUUAGUCCCAAGUGUGGUGGUUCUGGAAGCAAGUCAACGCCCAGGAGCCCUGACUUUAUUCUGUGUCCUUCCAUCUGGCUCUCCCAGCCUUCCUCUCUCCCUGUUGCCUCUUGCCCUUAGGGCCAGGUCUGAAUCUCAUUCCUGUUUGAGGGCUCCACGGAAGAACAGGUGGGAAUUGCCUAUGGGACAGGCUGACGUCUGUCCGUAACAUCCCAUUUGUGAUGAGCUGGAGGCCUGAACAAAUCUUGCCCCAGGGUGCUGUCUGUCCUGCCUCUCAGCUCCUACCUUCUGGGGAGUGGCCAGUCAGGAGUGAGAGGCUGUCCUAGCCAUUUGCUCUUUGCUGAACCCCAGGCUCCUGCCCUCAGCGCAUGAUUCUGCCAUGGUGGAACUCAGCUACCCUUCAUGACAGAUGGCAGGGUGUUUUCUUUCCUGAUAUUUGACUCAAUAAACAGCACUGUACCAAGG